GCAGGAGCGGAGCGCAGCGCUGUGAACAAACCCGGAGCCGGACGAGCCGGAGGAUGGCAAACCGCCGCCGCUGCUGCAGCUGCUGAGAGUUGGGACGCGCUAUUGUAACCCGUCGCUACUGACGAACACAGCUGCCACUGACACAUCCGUCCACAUUUCUACCUGAAGCCUCUUCUUUCAAAGCCCGAGCGAGACGAGAGGGAGAGAGAGAGAGAGCGAGAGAGAGAGAGAGAGAGAGGGGAGCUGUGGAACUAAAGGAGCGCAGUUUGGACGCGUCGCUGCGAGGAAACGCUGUGGCACGUUUUGCGCGAAUUCCCGUUUCUUUUCUGUCCCCUUUUUGCCUCAGAAUAACGCAGGUCGACACUCAUGGGAAGCCUGGGUGUUUGGGCCGUGGCUGUGGCCACACUGCUGGGAACGUGGGGCUGCUGGCUGGCGGAAGGACACAAAGGCAGCCGGCGAGACGGCGUGUCCCGCUCCUCCUCUCAGGAAACACAUUUCAUGGAGAGGGGGAAAGCGGACGCGAACAUCGAUCAAUCCCUAUCCGACCCCACUGAGGAUCCCUGUCAGAGGACCUACUGCGGACGGGGUCGGCAGUGCGUGCUGAUGGCAGACACCGGCCGCGCCGAGUGCGUUUGCCAGGAGAAGUGUCGGCCCUCGUUUGUGCCGGUGUGCGGCUCGGACGGCAGGUUCUACGAGAACCACUGCGAGGUCUACCGCACCGCCUGUCUACAGAGGAGACGGAUCUAUGUGGUGCACAGCAAGGACUGCUUCUUCAGAGUGAACGCCUGCACCAUGUCGGAGUACAACCGGCUGAAGAGCAUGCUUCUGGACAUGCAGCCCAAAGUGCUGAGGGCCGGGGAGCAGGAGCAGCAGAGCGACAUGGACGAGAAGAGGGCCGUGGUGGACGCCAUGUUCAAAUACCUGGACGUGAACCAGGAUGACCGGCUGGUCAGUGAUGAGCUGGAAAAGAUCUCCAUGAAGGAGCACCUGGAAGACAGCCUGUUGGAGUGCACCAUGCAGGACCUGCUGCGUUACGACGACUACAACAACGACGGGCACCUCAGUCUGCACGAGUUCUACACGGCUUUCCAGGUCGUCCAGCUGAUCCUGGCGGAGGACCAGCGCGUCAGCAUCUCCACGGUAACGGUGGGCCUCAGCGCCGUCCUCACCUGUGCCAUCCAGGGAACGCUGCGUCCCCCAAUCAUCUGGAAGAGGAACGGCAUCAUAUUAAACUUCCUGGACCUGGAGGACAUCAACGACUUCGGGGAUGAUGGCUCCCUGUAUAUUACCAAGGUGACAACCAUCCACAUGGGAAACUACAGUUGCCAUGCCUACGGCUACGAAGACGUCUAUCAGACACAUGUGCUGCAGGUGAAUGUCCCUCCGGUGAUCCUGGUCUAUCCGGAGACGCAGGCGCAAGAACCCGGCGUGUCUGCCAGUCUCCACUGCCACGCCGACGGCAUCCCCAAUCCCAAACUCCUCUGGCUGAAGAACGGCAUGGACUUGCAGCCAAGAUCCACCAAACAGCUCUCUCUCAUAGCCAAUGGCAGCGAGCUCUUGAUCGGAAGUGUCCGGUACGAGGACACCGGCGCUUACACGUGCAUCGCCAAGAACGAAGUGGGAGUGGACGAGGACAUCUCGUCCCUGUUUGUCGAGGACUCGGCCAAGAAGACGCUCGCAAACAUCCUGUGGAGAGAAGAAGGACUGAGCGUGGGGAACAUGUUCUACGUGUUUUCCGACGAGGGCAUCACCGUCCUCCAGCCGAGCGAGUGUGAAAUCCGGAGACACAUGAAGCGCGCGGAGAGGAUCGUCGCCACCUACGAGGAGAUGUGCCCUAAAGGUGAAGGGGUGUCGCCUCAGCACUGCGUGUGGUCCUCGGCAGUCAACGUCAGGGAUAAGUACAUCUACGUGACGCAGCCCCUCCAGAGCCGACUGCUGGUGGUCGAUAUCCAGGCGCAGAAGGUGGUGCAGGCGGUAGCAACAGAUCCUUUCCCGGUGAAGCUGCUCUACGACAAAUCACAUGACCAGGUGUGGGUCCUGACGUGGGGAAACAUGGACAGAACAGACCCGACACUUCAGGUGAUUCCUCAGGCCAGUAUGGGUGAAGUUCAUCACGCCAUCCGCACAACUUUUCAGAGAGUCAACGACUUCUUCAUUCCCCCGACCAACCUCAUCAUCACUCAUGUGAGGUUUGCCUUUGUCUUCCUCAAAAACGAACCCGCGGUCCACAAGAUCGACCUGGAGACGCUUCACCGCGUCAAGACCAUCAGCCUGAAGAACUACAGCUGCAUACCGGUCAACAUGGCCUACACGCACCUCAGUGGCUUCUACUUCGUCCAGUGUCAGAACAAGAGCCGCCUGCGCGCCGCGCCGCAGCUCCUCAUCGACAGCGUGACGGACGCCGUCAUCGGCCCCAACCUGAACAUCACGGGGCAGCCUUUUGUGUCGCCGGACGGCCGCUACAUCAUCACCUCCGACCCGCUGAGCUCAAAGCUGACGGUUCAGACUGUGUCGUUCCAGGGGGAACUGGGUCUGAACCAGGAGGUAGACGAGACUCUGGUUGUCUCUGAUCUGGUCUUCCAGCCCUCCUUUACAGAGUCUAACCAGCACGUGGCUGUGGCCACGUCAAGCUCAGGCACGGACCUGCUAUUUGCCGAUCUGUCCUCGGGCCACACUGAGGUUCUGCGGAGCCUGAAGGAGCCGCUGUCCGGCCAAGCCUGGCCCUGGGGCAGCCCCAGCAGAGUGGUGGUCUCGAGCGGGCUGUUCGGACAGUAUCUGGUGACGCCGGCGGCCGAGUCCCUCUUUGUCCUGAACGGCAAACAGAGAACACCGCACUGCGAGGUGUCAGACAUCAAGAGAGGGAACACAGUUGUCUGGGUCGGUGAGGUAUGAGUACAAACACAAAAGCAGGAGAUGUAGGUGUUUGGGAAAAAUCAUAGAGGGGGGGGAAAAAAAUAAGGAGAGAUCAGGCCAAAUUACCGAUUAUAAAGAUUUAUAUGAAAACAAGUUGUGGACUCAACCCUGGGACUGAGCGAGAGGGACACAUGCCUGGGUUUAUUGUAACAAAAGUACACUUAAAAAUAGAGUUAUUGAGAAAAAAAACAAAAAACAUAAGAAACCCUGUUGUGAUAUUUCUAUUGGGAGAAAGUGUCAAUGCCAUUCAGUGCAACAGUGAUCUAUGUGCACUUAAACGAUGAUAAGAAUUGUACAUUAUUGCACUUCCUUCCACGUUAUCACAGCAAAAUAGGCACCUGAGGGGGUUAUUAACAAAAACUAUGAACUAUGCACAAUGCUCACUUUUUUAGAGUAAAAAGCUUUCCAACUUUGUUCAUCUUUUCAGCGUUUGUCGUCCUCACCGGUAAAAACAUAUAAUCACCACGAUCUGUCCGUCCCGUCUACCUGUCGUGUAUGUGUGUGUGUGUGUGUGUGUGUGUGUCCUGAGUCCUUUUAAGAGCUACCGACGCGUCCGCCGUUUACUCGCCUUCUAUCGCCACAUCGUUCCUCCUCCUCACACCAGCCGACGCUGGCUUUAUGCAUACGUGUAAUACUCUCUAUUGACAUUGUCUAUCCAAAGAGCCCGAUUGGUCCAUUACCUGUCAACAAUGGAUGUUUCGCUCACUGUGAAGGUCUGACCCACACCCC